AAUCUUGAGCUAAGUUAGGGUCCAGUCCUCCGCCUGACGUCCGUGUGUCAGUGUCCUUCCACCUGUUCGUUGUUAAUUUGUGUCCGUUUCUGCUGCGCUCCAGCUCUGGUGGAACAUGCUACGUGUGCCAGCGUCAGUGUGGCGGUGUGUGCGGGGGUUCAGGACGUCCUUGUGCUCGUCUGUGCACGUGCAGAAUGAACCCAUCUUGUCCUUCAACGAAGGAACGGCAGAGAGAGCAGAGCUGCUGAAGGCUCUAGAUGACCUGCAGGGGAGGACGGAGGACAUCCCAUGUGUGGUGGGAGACGAACACUUGUGGACGUCGGACAUCAGACAUCAACUGUCACCUUUCAACCACGCUCACAAAGUUGCAAAGUUCUGCUAUGCGGACAAGGAGCUGAUCAACAAAGCCAUCGUGGCAUCUGUGGCGGCAAGGAAGGAGUGGGACCUGAGGCCAGUGCAGGAUCGGGCUCAAAUUCUGUUCAAGGCAGCCGAUGUCAUCAGUGGACCGCGGAGGGCUGAGGUGCUCGCCAAGACCAUGAUUGGACAGGGUAAGACCGUGGUUCAGGCAGAGAUCGACGCUGCGGCGGAACUUAUCGACUUCUUCAGGUUCAACGCCAAACACGCCAUUGAGCUGACGACACAGCAGCCACUCAGCACUGGAGGCAGCACCAACACCACCCUGUACCGCGGCCUGGAGGGUUUUGUGGCAGCGGUGGCUCCUUUCAAUUUCACAGCAAUUGGUGGAAACUUGGCAGGAACCCCGGCUCUGAUGGGUAACGUGGUCCUGUGGAAACCCAGUGAUGCUGCUGUGUUGGCAAGUUACGCUGUGUACAAGAUUCUGAGGGAGUGUGGUCUCCCCCCCAACAUCAUCCAGUUCCUGCCGGCAGAUGGCCCAGUGUUUGGAGACACAGUCACUUCCUCUGAGCACCUGGCAGGAAUCAACUUUACCGGCAGCGUCCCGACAUUUAAGCAUCUCUGGAAACAAGUGGCCGAAAAUCUGGACGUCUACAGGACAUUUCCUCGUUUGGCAGGAGAAUGCGGUGGGAAAAAUUUCCACUUUGUGCACAGCUCAGCAGAUGUCCAGAGUGUGGUGACAGGGACGAUUCGCUCUGCUUUUGAGUACGGCGGACAGAAGUGUUCAGCCUGCUCCAGAAUGUAUGUGCCCGACAGCCUGUGGCCACAAAUCAAACAGGGACUACUGGACGUCCACAAAGACAUGAAAAUGGGAAAUCCUGUGGACGACUUUAACACUUUCUUAUCCGCUGUGAUUGAUGAAAAGUCGUUCGCACGUAAUAAGAAGUGGUUAGACCACGCCCGCACUUCUUCCAGUCUGAAAGUCAUCGCUGGAGGAAAUUGUGACGAUUCGAAGGGUUACUAUGUGGAACCAACGAUCGUGGAGACGAGCGAUCCUCAAGAUGCAAUCAUGAAGGAGGAAAUCUUUGGUCCAAUUCUGAGUGUCUACGUUUAUCCCGAGCAGAAGUAUCGGGAAGUUCUGCAGCUCAUCGAUUCUACAUCACCAUAUGCUCUGACGGGUGCAGUGUUUGCUAACGACCAGAAAGUCCUGGACGAAGCUUCCAUCAUCCUGAGAAACGCUGCAGGAAACUUCUACAUCAACGACAAGUCCACGGGUUCCGUUGUUGCCCAGCAACCGUUUGGUGGCGCCAGAGCUUCAGGCACCAACGACAAACCGGGAGGACCGCACUACAUCCUGCGGUGGACAUCACCUCAGGUGGUGAAGCAGACGCACGUCCCGCUCAGAGGGUGGCGUUACCCUUACAUGGACUGAACCUGCCUCUCCAAUCGUAUUCGUGCACUCUAAGCUGCUCGUCCAAUCACAGCCCAGUGUCCAAUUACAGCACUGUUCCACAGCAGACUAUCCAAUUAACUGUGGCCAUCAAUCCCUUUCCACCACUCCGACUGUUACGGUGAUGAGACUCCGCUAUUUCUUUUCAGGCUAAACCCCGCUUCCGUCCUUGUCAGGGUAAAUCCAGCUUUCUUUGAGUGAUUGACUUAAUCGGUCCAUCAACCAGAUCUAUUUGUGAGAUGUUGUCCUUCUUUUCUCAGUGAACAUGAUGUUUAGCCACAACCAAAAAAGACAGAAGUUAUGACGUGAUGGUUUGAUAUUUGUAUUCAUCAGUUUGAAUUUUAAUUUCUUAUUUUCACUAAGAAACAGCUGGUAGGCGGAAUUAUGGGAUGUUACUAUGUAACAUGAUGAAAAUAAGGACAAAACCUCAGCCAAGUUCUGCUGGUGGUUCAGCAUAUUAGAUGAAGUAGGGUUUAUUGUCAUAAAUAUAAAUCAGAAAUGUACUACUUGUCUAUCAAGAUGCCAAUCCAAAUUUGUUGUUGUUGGACAUCUUUGUUUUUUCCUGACCAGAGCUGAACCAGAGCAAGAGCAAAGAUUUUUUAAUGAACAGUAGAGUGAACUUUCCUUGGGUGUGUUUGUAGUUUCCUGAUAUAUCUAAUAUAAAGACAGGGGGUAAGUUGAGGUGGCCUUGUCAUUGCAGCCAUAAACUGUAUAAAGACAUGUCCAAGUCUGGCUCAUUAAACUUGGCUUAUGUGUGAGCCGGGGUUAUUUCUAAAUACAUGGUUUAUUGAAACCUGGUUUAAAUUGAUUAUUCUAGUUCAGGAAAGUCAUUUUAACUUACUGAAAUCAGGGUGAAUUGAUGAGAGGAAUCAUUUUUAAACCUGGAUUAUUAAAUAUGCAACUACUGUGCACGUAAUUAACACUGUAACUGAAAAAGUUAUUUUUUCUAACAAAGAUAGAGCCAUAGACUAAUUAUAAAUUUAAUUUCUUUAUUUUUAAAAUGUUUUUGCCUUAAUUUCUGUAAUUCAUGUAGCAAAUACGUUUUAAAAUAUAUAAUAAAUUAGUAACAUCAACUGGA